GAAUCAUAUACAUUACUCUCAAAACCUAACUUUUUUUUUGUCUGGGUUGUUCAAAACAUGAUUUUUAAGUAGCUAAAUCCAUGGAUCCUCUAUAAUCAUGUUUCCUGCGUUUGAUUAUGCAGCUUGAAGAUGGAGAAGAAUCAACAUAAGCAGGAAUUUCUAGCUGAGACCUCAGAGAUGAACAACAACGACUGUUCUGAACAAGAACAACCACAACAACGAUUUGUGUGGCCAUGGGUUGGUCUUGUAGCCAACAUACCAACGGAGCUUGAACAAUCUGGUAGGAGAGUAGGCAAAAGCGGUUCUACGUUACGUGAUGAGUUCACUCUGAAAGGGUUUAAUCCUACAAGAGUCCAACCCAUUUGGAAUUUCAAGGGACAUUCUGGUUUUGCUUUGGUUGAAUUCACUAAAGAUUUCCAUGGAUUCGAAAGCGCCAUGAAAUUUGAAAGGAGUUUUCAAUCUGACCGUCAUGGGAAGAGAGAUUGGGAAAAAGGUAUUCGCUUGAGAGAUAAUAAGCUUUAUGGAUGGGUUGCGAGAGAGGAUGAUUAUAAUCGAAGUGAUAUUGUUGGGAAGAAUGUCAAGAAGAAGAGAGAUUUGAAAAGUAUCGCGCAGAUUUUGGAAGAAGACGAGAGGAAAAUGGUUCAUUUAGUUGAGAAUAUGUCUCAAUCGAUUGAGAUGAAUAAGCAAUGUAAACAAGAGCUUGAACAGAAAGUUGAUGAGACCUCUCGUUUCCUAGAGAGUUUGGAAUUGCAUAACGUUCUGUUAAACAAAACCUACCAAGAAGGGAUUGAGAAGAUGCAGAUGAAUAUGGAAGAGUUGUAUCAACAGGUUCUGGGUGGACAUGAAAAGUCUUUGGCAGAACUGGAGGCAAAGAGGGAGAAGCUGGACGAGCGUGCAAGACUUAUCGAGCAGCGGGCAAUCAUAAACGAAGAAGAGAUGGAAAAGUCCAGACUUGAAAGAGAAAUGAAUCAAAAGGCUAUGUGGGAGCAGAAUGAAGCGAAUGAGGAUGCUAUGAAACUUGCGGAAAAGCACCAGGCAAGUAGUUCUUUAGAGAAGGAGAAGCUUCAUAAAAGGAUAAUGGAAAUGGAAGCAAAGCUAAAUGAAACGCAAGAGCUGGAGUUGGAGAUAGAGAAGCUGAAAGGUACUACCAAUGUAAUGAAACAUAUGGUGGGGAGUGAUGGAGAUGAAGAUAUUGUGAAGAAGAUGGCCAAAACUCAGAUAGAGCUUGAUGCUCGAGAAACGGCUCUCCAUGAAAAAAUGAUGACUCUGUCACAAAAAGAACGUAUGACCAACGAUGAGUAUCACGAUGCUCGUAAAGAGAUGAUUCAGGUUUGGAAUGCAAAUGAAGAAUUGAUGAAGCAAGAGAAGAUUAGAGUGAAGAGAAUGGGGCAAUUAAACCCUGAACCCUUCUUGCCUGCAGUGAUGAAGAAACAUAAAGUUACACAAUCAAGAGCAGAGAUUAAGGCUAUGCAGCUGUGUUCAGUGUGGGAAGCAAACAUAGGAGAUGUGCAAUGGACCCCAUUUAGAAUCGAUGAGUCUGAUGGAAUAGCAAAGAGAGUGGUGGAUAAAAACGACGAGAAGCUUCGUAAGCUGAAGGAACAAUACGGUGAAGAAGUUUACAAUGAAGUUGUUAGAGCAAAACUAGAGAUUGAGGAACAUAACGCUAGUGGGAGCUAUGUGAUAGUAGAGCUUUGGAACUAUGCGGAGAACCGAAAAGCGAAGAUGGAGGAAGCUGCAGAUAUAAUGUUGAAGAUAAGGUUGAUUAAUCGAGCUGGAGUUCCUUUCUCUGUACGAAUCUCUUCCAGAACCAGAGCUCUCCACGGUGGUGGUUUAACCGCACCUACCUCUCGUGAGGAAGGUCCUUCUUGUAUAUUCGUUGGACCGAUUGAUUCUGCUCGCAAAGAAACUUUAGAAGCUCUUUAUCGCCAGGCUAAGGAUGCGUAUUACAAUGGCAAGCCUUUGAUAGUUGAUGAUAUGUUUGACAGAGUUGAGCUAAAGCUUCGGUGGUAUGGUUCAAAAUCUGUUGUCAAGUACCCUCGGUGUAGUCUACUGAGACAGUCAACUUAUGCUGAUGCAGAGGAUGAUGCAUCACAAGUUCUUCUGUUAGCUACCAUAUGGAUCUUGAUUUUCUUAUUUGGUAGCUCGGCAUGUGCUUUACCCACGAUCUAUGGCCUCAGCUUAGUUUAUGGAGGAGAUCCGUUCGACUCAGGGCUUGUUUAUAGCGGUCAGUUGUCAUCUUCUGUGCCUCUUUUGUCAAAGUUUAACGGCAUCCUCCUCGCCGUGCUAGGACCUGCUUUUGGAUAUCCAAUUGCAUCUUCUGCAGUAAGAGUACUUAAAGGGUUAUGGAGAAAUGACUUAACGGCUCUAAAAGGAGACUGCCCGAAUUGCGGGGAAGAGGUUUUCGCAUUUGUGAGAUCCGAUCAAUCAAACCGAUCAGCUCACAAAGCUGACUGUCAUGUCUGUGAGUGCACACUGGAGUUCCGUACCAAAGUAGAGAAAUCUGCAUCACGAUUGGGUAGAAAAUGGGUUUACGGCAGGAUAUACCUUGUUUCACGGCCAAGGAGAGAUCGGCGUUCCAAGUUUACAUAAUUCUGACAAAAGAAGAAAUAUUUUUUUGGGGAUGGUUUCUACUCAAUUGUGUAUUGUAAAAAGGAUACUAGAAAGCUUUUGUAACAUUCAAAGGAUUCAUAAAAUUGUUACUAUAAA